UCAUAGCAAUGUUUAUAUAAUUUAGCGAUGUUUGGUGCGAUCACUCGGCUGGUUGCUGAUCGUUCAUUGUCUCACCCUUGUUUACUAUUUGCCUUAUUCAAAACACCCGGUUGUCGUGAUCCGGCCCCUUCUCGCUCACUCACUAUUUUUAGAGCCCUAGAAUUUCAAAGUGGACUUUAGUAUUGAUUUGGGCGCUUGUUGGUUUACAAAUGUACCAUUUAAAAUUACGCUGAGUGCAAAGUUUUACGUUAAUAAACAGCUAAAUAGGCCAACCUUUGUGUCUCGCAUUUGUGAAGGUAUCAAAAUGAGUAAGCUGUGCAGACAGGUCUCCAUCGAGUCCCCUGGGCCGACCCUCAGGGAAUGCGUGUUCAGUUUCGACGUUCCCGUCCCAGACGUACCCAUGUACGGAGCUAGGAUCCGCGUGGUUUACGCUGGGGCUUGCUACAGAGCCAACAAGACGCGCUCAGCCUCCGUCUGCAGUACAUCUUCAAUAUCCUCCAUUGGCAGCCUUUCAGGAGAGAUGGAAAACUUCGGCAUACACACCCACGCCACACCUGCUCACAUCGGAUUAAGAGACGGUGCCUUAUUCCCCGGCUAUGAAGUAGCUGGAGUCGUAGACGCCAUUGGAAAGGCUGCGGAAAGACUUGACGGGAUCAAGGAAGGUUCCAGAAUAGUUUUGUAUCCAUACGAAGGCGUGCCAAAUGGGUAUGCGGAGUAUAUUGUGGUGCCGGAUUUUAAGUGUUUAGUGCCUAUUCCCGAUGAGUUGCCGUUGAGUGUGGCGGCGAUGCUUCCCACUGGUGCCUUGCUUGCUAUGAAUACCGUGGACACUGCUGGAGCGUACCUCAAGAGAGUGCUGGAAGGACCAGCUAAGAAAGAUAGUACGACGGUUCUGAUCGUUGGUACUGGUGGCCUGGCACUGUGGGCGCUCCGCAUUGCGACUCAUUACUUCAAGCAUGCGUCCUACAACAAUCGCAUCAGGAUCUGUGUAGCUAUACUCACGGACGAAGGCUUCAUUUUGGCGAAGGAAUGCGAAGAAGUGAACGUAGUACAAUGGAAUGAGGACCUCUAUGAGAAGCAGCUCAUCGAAAGAACGACUGACGCGUGUGGCGGCCCCGUGGAUGUGGUGCUCAACUUUGGCACCACAUCCAGGUCGCUGCAUCGUUCAUUGCAGUGCUUGGCCCCUGGUGGUGUCGUACUAGUGACGGAGGACGUCGGUGAGAAACUGCUGCCGAAAUUCGCGAAGAAAUCUGAAGAAAUGAACGUGAAUAUUGUGAUCGUUCCCAACGGCUCCAUAGAACAACUGAAGGAACUGGUCACCCUGGUGGCAAGAGGCGAAAUCGAACCACCAGCGCACUCUGUGUUCCCGGCGGAGGAAGCUCAAGAGGUGGUGAGGAAACUCUGCAACUCCGAGAUCAAGGGCCGAGCGAUCCUCAAGUUCCACAACAUCGACUAACCGAUCGCAGUCCUUUACUGACUAAACAUUUGCUUAGAUUAGACGGUACGUAGCAAGUAGAGUUAGUGUCACAUAGAUUGGACCUUGUUCCGUCGAAAUUACCCUGUGAGUGGGAAAAUUACCCUAUGUAAGGGAAAAUUACCCUCGUGAGCUGAACGUGGAAACAACAAGCGGAAUGAAGCUGAUUGAGAUUUAAGCUUCAUUGAAGAUUAUAGCUGUAACCGAAGCAAAAUUGUAUCAAUAAAAUUGUAUCGAGCCCUCUUUCGGCAAACCUUGAAAAUAACGCGAAUGUUAAAUAUUUGUAAGUAAGUGAUCUUCAUGGGUUUCCGCACCGAAUACGCUAGAGUUACUGAAGAGUGUAAGAUUUCACGGAGAUUCGUACUGAGCUUGAUGCGAAUUCUGUUUUUCCUUAUAAUAAUAUAUGCGAAGCGAACAAUAUUCAAACCUUUAGUAUUUACUGCUGGCGUUUACAUUGGUGUUUUGAUGAUUUUGUUCCGUUGCUGAGCAGGCUUUGAUACUUGAUAUUGUGAAAACUCAAAAUUCUAAAGUCUAUAUGAUCUAUGUCUGAUGGCUGUGACAUGCAAACUAUGUUCGGCACUACGGCCGAGCAUAAGUUGGUGGAUAUCAGUUUCUAUAACACACAACUCGAUUUAUGGCACCCCUCAAAUACUGUCGUUUUUUGAAAUCGUUAUUAUAAUACCUACGGAGUUUGAGCCGCUGAUCCUAAACUAACAUUCGUUUUCCCGAAGUUGACUGUCAGUAAUAUUCUAAAACCUUUUAGGCGAAAUGCAAGAAAAUCUUGCGGCGCUUGAAAAAGGCACUUUCAAUAUUUCUUGUCUUGUUGCAAUUUACGCUUUAUCCAGUCGAGAAUAAAGUGCAACCUCGUUAGUCUCAAAACGGACGGCCAGAAAUAGGUCUGGUUGCUAAAGAAUCACCAAGUUCGGUAGCGUAGCUGGCGUAGGGUUUCCACAAUUUUUGACUAAAAACCUUUUUUCACUAAACGGUAAAUGCUUAUGCCAUGUCUAUUUGCGUUAGUAUAUCUAUGACAAUUUGCAUGUGGUGGCUUUCAAACUUCAUCUAAGCAUGGUUUCCAAAAAACGGUGUUUUAAUAAUUAUUUUAUUUUUAACAACAUCGUGGAGUUUGUGCUUACUAAGAAGGAUUAAUUCAUACACGUUUCGUUGCUUGAAGCUGUCAAUUACUAGGUAUAUAGAGACGGAAUAAAUUGCGUUGCACUGCGUCCGACCCGAAAACGACAAAAAGCUAUCUUAUUCCCAUAUUUCAAAUACUUUUUUAGUAUUUUAUUCUAUAUUUCUUUUAUUAAUAAAGCUAUGAAGGCUCGUAUUCGGAUCAGACGCAGUGCAGCAUCUCUAAACGUAGUAAUACAGGUCCCUAGAUGCCUUUUCUCUCGGAUUCGCCUCGGGCGGAGUGCGUUCGCGACGAUUCAAGUCAUAUUACGUAUUCUUCGCGUGAUAUUCCGCACAGUACAUAUAGGACGAAGAGAACUAGCUUCCAUUUUGACCGUUGUACAACUUCUUAGGUCUAUGUUUUGGUGUAGAAGGAUUGUCGGCUUUGAGUUAACACAGUAGCCGCGUGUCGUGGGUUCGAUUCCAGGUGGGUUCAACUUUUGUGGUAUCUAUCACAAAGAGAUUGUGUUUCUACAAAAUCCACGACGCUAUUUCUUUUUUUUUGUUUUAUUGAUAUCCAAAAAUAUCUGAUAUAAAAUAGAUAUAUAUCGUAAAUUAGUUUUACUUAGUUAAAAACAUCAAUGCUAUAUUAUAAUGCAUGUGAUCUACAGUGAGUCUGAACGUUGGAUCUCAAAUCGGCUUUCAAUAUCUCUAACUCCGACUAACCGGUGAUUAUCGCUGUUCAGGGUAGUAAUAUAGUAAUAAAUAAUAAUAGUAUAGUUAGUUAAAGUAGACUUUCCUAAUAAUUGUCCUUCAAUUGCCCUCUGCAAACUGGGGUCACCGUGACUUUCAAGCAAUCUGACUUCCCAUAUAUCUUUUUACAUAAUUAUUCAGUAGCCUAAGACAUAAGCACUGUUUCCAUUCUUUGUGAAUACCAAGUAGUGUUUACUUUGCACACCUUUUGCUCAUCAAUUUUGUGAUAUGUCAUCUUUGUUUUAAUUCAUUACUCUCAAGUACCAAUCUAUAAAGGUAAUUGCUUUAAUUAAAUAAAAAUAAAAUAAUAUCAGAAAUUAAAAUAAAUACUUUUCACGCCACCAUUAGCAUGAUGUAAUCGCAAAAUAUUUUUAUUCAUACUUAGUUGUAGUUUUUAGUCUUUUGUGUAAUUUAGUUAAUAGCACAGCUUGUAAAUGUAGCUUUAUUAAUAUUAUUUAAUAUCACAUAAAAAUUGAUAGCUUUAAAAUUUUCCUCGUUCAUCACAGAAAACAAGGAAAAAAUCUAUAGAAACACAAAAAAAAACUAUUGCAAAAAAUCGGGCAUAUACAAUUUUAUUUUACGGAGUACCAGAAGUUGUUAGAAUCUUUUGAUACACUUGCAUCUCGUGAGGGCAUGAAAAAACACCACGAUUGUCUAUAGUCUAACCAAGGGGUAUUGGGUUGCCCGGGUAACUGGAUUGAGGAGGUCAGAUAGGCAGUCGCUUCUUGUAAAGCACUGGUACUCAGCUGAAUCCGGUUAGACUGGAAGCCUUUUCCCAACUAGGGAAAAGGCUCGGAGGAUGAUGAUGGAUGUCUAUAAUUGUUUCAUUGCUAAUAUAAUACGAGACCAGUUGAAGCAGUAUCCAGGUGGUACACCGACCUUUGAGAUUUUUACACCUCACGAUUGUGGAGCGUCUUAGCUUGGAAAAUACCUCAACCUCGACAUUUCCGUAGGUACAAUAUAAUUACAGACACCCACUACAUCUAAUGCGAGCGGGACAUAAAAACUUUUCUCUGCCGUUCUACUCCUUUUCGAUAAUCAAACUUUACGUUAAAACAUAGGGUCGAAAACAUACCUCCUUUUUUUGAAAUCGGUUAUAAAGGAAAGAUUGCAUCCUAUUCCAAGAAGUCAUGCCUUUUUCACUCAGUAUCUGUUUGGGUAUAGGUAUUGAUGAAAAUAAUGCUGAUCAAUUCACCAAGUUGUGCCUUCUUAUUCAUACCAUUGCUUAACUGGACAUUGUAUAGACUUACAAAUCACCGCUUGCCAGUAGGUCGAAUUUAUGAAUCGUAAUAAUUCAUAUCUGAAAUUCAACUAGCUACAUUCAUUAUUUAUAGAGGUAUAUUGGAUUCUCAUUGCUCGCGAUAUUGUGUUUUCAUUUCAUUUGUGAUAACUUCCGGUAAUGUGCAAUAUUUAAGAAGAUAUAGAAAAAUAACUCUAAUUAAAAAAAAAAAUGAAAAUUGCUUAAUGAUGGAUAACACAGGCCCCUGAGAUUAGAAAGAAAAAUAAAUAAAUUAGAGAAUUUAUAGAGAAUAACUUUACGUUAAAAGGAUGGAUUACAUCUUAUUCCAAGAAGUCUUCCCGUCUUUUUGCUAGUAUCGAACGACAAUUGGCUGAUAUGAUGAUGAUGAAUUAGGUGAUAUUUUGCCGUGUGGACCCGGCAUAGAAUAGGCCACUCCUUUCAUUCCCAGGGUGUCGUAAAAGCCGACUAAGGGAGCUUUUAGGGUCAAAAUAUCUUAAUCCCCUUUUACCCAAAAUCCAUUAUUUUGGAUUUACUUGGUAUGCCCAUUUUCAUGAAUCGAUAGAACUCAUCAUUUUUCUAAAUGUUGAGUGAAGUCCAUUGCAUGAAAAAGUAUUAUUUAGUGAGGUCACAAAUAACUUUAAUAGUUGUAUCUGCUGUAUAUAAUGCUUUGCUCUAAAUGCCUCUUUUGCAAUAUAUUUUUCAUUCAAAAAAUAACUGUAGUUUAUCCAAUGGCUUUAAAAAUUAGUAUGUAGGUAUAAAACUCAGAUAAAGUCUAUCAUAUAUAUUUUCAAUUGAUACAUAUUCAGGUAUAUUGUUUUUAUAUGUAUUUUAGAUUAGAAAUUGGCAUAACACUCCUAAAGACCUAAAAAUUUAAAUAUAUAUCACCAAAAGUAUGCAUGUUUCAAAAAGAGAGCAAUCAAAUUAUCUUAAAGAAAAAAAAACAUUAUUUAGAAGAAAAAUCGCGUAAAAAACUUGAAAAAUUUGAUCAGUUUUCGCCAACUGCAAUGAUCUCUAAUUAGUAUUUUUAUUGAAUGCAUCAAAAAUAUUAAAUAAGCCUCACAGAAAAUGUAGGUAGCUAUAACUAUGUAGGUUGUAUAUUCCUGAUUAACAUUUUAUUAUUAGAGUAUGCGCACACUACAAACUUUUAGUCGGCCGAUGCUUGAUUUGGGCUCAUAAAUCAGUAUGUAGAUGAAUACAGGGACAGACGGUACAACGAUCUGGUAUUUUCCGCUACCAGACCGACUAAGGUUGAAUUUAAGAUUAAAAAAAAACAACCAUCGGCCGACUUUUUCGUCUGCAGUGUGUGUGUAGGUUUACAGUAGGCUGUCAUUCAUACGAGUAUAUCUUAGUUAUAGUGAGGAAUCAACGUCAGUAGUUACAACGCGUCUAUAUACGAGAUAACGAGAUACUAACUAAACAAGGCGAAAACGUUACGCUAAUUAUAGCGCCUUAUCGCAUAUUAACCUCUUACUCCUUAGAAAGCGAUGCUAUAGUUCGCGAUUAUCAUGCUAUAGUAAUGUUAAAAGGCAGAUUGGAAGAAGUGAUCGUUCGCUUAUCAUUUGAUCUCAUUGAUUUAUACACAUUUUCAUUUAUAUUAUAAUUUAGUAACGUUAAAUUUAGGUUUAGAAAAGUUUGGAUAAAGUGCAAUAUCAUACGUAGAUUGUAACAGGGGUUUAGUUAAUAAUAAUUCAUUAUUAUUGCAACUCUAAGCAGCGAUACUCACGUUCUUAUUUCAAUAAUAAAAAAAAUCGUAACAAAAUUAUCUAAGAUGCUACUGCGUAUUAAAAUACUGCGAUAAACAGACUUUUGAACAAGCAUGGCGUAUAAGAUUUUCCUUCAAGUAGUGAUUUUCAAAAUUAUCCUAGUGCGAGUUAGAUACUUCAAUAUCAUUUUAUCUUAAUAUUAUUUUCAGGCUACAUUGGCUCAUACAUAUUAUUUAUUAUUGAGAAAAUAUUUUAAAUUGGUUUUAGCUACCAGUUUAUCCCUUCACGUAUCGUGCUCUCAUCGUUUUAACAUCACAUAGUAACAUAAACUAAAGACUAAGUCUAACUAAUUCAGCUAAGACUGAGCUAGAACUUUUGUGAUAAAACAUCGGAGACAAGCCGGAGAAUACAAUAUGAAUAAAUACUUUUUUUUACCGAUUAAAAAACAUCGCUUUGAAAUAUUAUAGUAUAGCUUUGAGUAGUUGAGUAGGACAUAGCAUAGGUUACGCAUGUUUUGCUUGAGCUAUUCACGUCCCAAUGUGAUAAAGCUUGUUAUACAAACAUUAUGGUAUGUCAACAUGAUAAAUUGUAAAUAGUUUCAUAAGCAACACGUAAGUGCAUGUUUAGUAGCUAUAUAAUGUUAUAUUUUAUUAUCUUCAUCGCCCCCCAUACAGGAUGUAGUUUUUCUUCCUUCGUUUGGAUGUUGAUUUUAUGAAUUAAGGCUGGAUGUGUGCGUGUCUCAAUUUCAAGGUAGAUUGUAUUUUAAUUAUUGCAGUUAUGGUUGGUUUGUCAUGUCGCAGUCUGAGAAGCUUCAUGUUAAUUUCAGUAAAAUAUCUCAUAUCGUAUAUUCUUGCUGGACAUUAUAUUUGUCCAUAUUUACCUAUAUAAUUUCUGUUAUACUAUAUGUCACAAAAGGCGAAUUUUCAAAUAUUUUCUAUAAUUUUAUACGUACUGAAAAAAGUGUAUUUACGUCGGGAAAACGGCAACAUGUAUUCGAGCUGUAACAUAUGGCUUUUAAUAUGAUAUCCAUGUACAAAUAAUUUGGUUAUUCAUAGUUUUAUAUCUGUAAAUAUCCUUGUCUCACGAUGAGCACUGCGGCAGCAUUUUUAAAUAAAACCCAACAGUUAGGUAGGAUUUUUCUUCUUCGUAGCGUUGUCUUGGCCAACUGCCAUCAUUUUCUUUCUCAAGUCUUUCUGCUUGGCUCGUACUUGAGUAUUCUUAGCUAUUUCUUGGCUCUCGCUUCGUGGAUAACUAUUGCAACAGAGCCCAAAUUAAAUGUACUCGAAAAUGUUGCAUUUGACUGGAUCAAGAACCACCUUACGUUACCUUUAACGUCAUAAAUUCAGGGAAAAAGUGAUUAUUUCAAGUCCGAUUAGUCUUAAUCAAGGUUACCUAUCAUGGCAGCUAAUAAAUUAAGGCAUCGAUCACAAAUUCAAGUAUCAACAGUCGAAAAUUGUGUGAGCAAUAUAAUAAAGUGUACCUAUAUAUUAGCAUUAAAUUACAAACGCCAGCAGUGUUAAAUAUAUGUUGUUAUAUGAGCGAUGUAAUGUUAUCGUAUAUCCUAUGACCUGGUACAAGCAGGGAUAAGCGUCACAUAAUUACGGUGAUGAAGUUACCAUCUAAGUAGAACUCCUUGCUUCAAUGAGGCAUUCGAGUACAGGAUAGUACAGAAAAUAGCUUUCUUGUUAGUGAGGGCAAAACCGGGGUUCUUGAACGCGGAAGAACGUUACGAAAUUCGACCGCGCGUGUUGUGAAUGGUCUAUGCUAUUCAUAUCAAAAUGGUGCUCAACAUAAAAUAAUGCCAAAGAAUUAAAAAUAAUAAUGGUGCACAAUGCAAUAUCAAAGUUUAGUGUUCAUAUACAUUCAUAUAAUUAAAAUAAAUAAUAGUAAUAACAUUUACCCUGGCCGCCCAGCUAGCAAGCAUAGUCGUACAUUACUAUAACUUUUUCGCAACGGUGUGUAACGGUUGAAAAGCUAAGAAGCUAUGCGAAUGAAUUGUAAACAAAGCCUGAUUCUAAUGACCUCAUUAAUGUACCAUUUUAGAACUUAUUGUACUACUUUAUAGAAAUAACUAUAGACCUGUUAGUACCGUGUAGGUGAAAUACACCCUUUACAAGUUAUUAACGAUCCCUUCAUUAACAGGUCUAUUGGUAUUUCUAGAAGGUUAUAGAACUUAUUGGUGUAAUCCAUGUAAAUGGAUGUUUCUGUCCACUAUGAUGACAUUAUGGUCAGACGCUGUGUACUUUAUAGAGUACGAUGAAAGUCUUAUUUGUGCAGAUUGGUAGUGUAAUAACGAAAGGGGAGUUAUGAAUGUUAAAAGAAAGACCUCGCGAAAAAGCUAAAGUAUACCCCUACCCGUAGAACAAUAGUCAACCAUAUUAAUAAGAAAAUUUAACGAAUUAAGGCUAAUCCAGGAAUUGAUAAAAUCCGCCAAAAUGUCUAAAUUUAUGCCAAUUUAACUAAGAGUCGAUAAUAUAGAGAUACGUCAUUUUGUCCACGAUUUAGGGAACUAUUUGUUCUUUACAUUUCUGUAGAAAUAUCUUGUAAUCUCUCGUAUUGAAUAUUUACUUGUAAUUGUAACGUAAUAGCCUAUAGGUAAAGAAUUAUAAUCACGUUAUUAUAUUCAUAUAACCGUUUUGAAUUUACACAUAGUAUACAAGAAAUAAUUAAUCUUAGUUUUUAAAUACUUGGCUAGAAUAUGUAAACUUGCAUCUAACAUGUAGCUUUAUUUAUUAGUAAGUUAUUGCCGUUAUUACAAGCACAUAAUCUAUUUAAAAUUCACGUAUUACUAUAACAUGAGCAUCGAAUGUCACAAAUGUCAUAAUAUAUUAUUAAUAAUAAAUGUCAGUGCAUAAUAUACAGUUAAGAUAAACAUUGUAUUAAUUAUAAAUGACAUUAACAUCUCUUUAUUAUAAUUGUAAUGGUUCAGUUAAUUGGCACACAGUUAGUAUAUUACAAAUAUAUAAUGUGUGGGUAUCUAUGUAGCUAUGUAUUUAUUUAUAACAAGUGAUGUGUUACUGAACAACAAUGGCUGAUAAAAAGGUGAAGGAAAACAUCUUGAGGAAACCUGGACUAUAGUCUGAAAUCACCAACCCGCAUUGAGCAAGCGUGGUGAUUAAUGCUCAAUCCUUCUCCUUGUGAGAGGAGGCCUGUGCCCAGCAGUGGGACGAUAAAAAGGCUGUAACAGUAACAGUAACAGAUGUGUUACUAUAGUUACAUAUUGAAUUGAUUGUAAAGAAAAUUAUUUUUUGAUGAUUGUAUUACAACAAAAAUUUUCCCUCUAGUCAAAAGUAAAUUGAUAUCAAAAUUGUUGAUCAAGUUGAAUAUACAAAGUAUACAUCCAAAUAUAGUAUAUGUAAUAAUCUGUUUUAAGUUUAUUCAUAAGCUGAUAAAUGUAUGUUUGUAUUGUAAAUGUAUGUUUAUUAAAUAAAGUAAUUUAACGUUUGUUACAA